AUGACUUCAGUUCCUUCAAAACGAUACUCUGAUGAUGUUAGCCUUGUAGUGGUGUUAUUAGACACCAAUCCGUUCUUUUGGACCGCAUCUUCUUCCCUCUCAUUUUCCCAGUUUCUGUCUCAUGUGCUCGCGUUUGUGAACUCUAUUUUGCUGCUAAAUCAAUUGAACCAAGUGGUGGUGAUUGCUACUGGGUAUAAUACUUGUGAUUAUAUUUAUGAUUCGUCUAUGGACGCGAGUCAAAGCUCGGAGAAGGGAAGAAUGCCGUCUGUUUAUUCCAAUUUGUUGCAGAAAUUGGAGGAGUUUAUGAUCAAAGAUGAGAAAUUGGGGAAAGAGCAGUCUCAAAGAGCGAUUGCGUCCUCCUUGCUUUCUGGCUCAUUGUCCAUGGCCCUUUGCUAUAUACAAAGGGUUUUUCGUUCAGGGCCACUUCAUCCUCAACCUAGAAUUUUAUGCUUGCAGGGAUCCUCGGAUGGGCCUGAACAAUAUGUUGCAGUAAUGAAUGCAAUAUUCUCUGCACAACGCUCUAUGGUGCCUAUAGAUUCCUGUUAUGUUGGUGCUAAUAAUUCAGCCUUCUUGCAGCAGGCUUCCUACAUAACUGGAGGUGUAUAUGUUAAGCCCCAACAUCUGGAUGGGCUAUUUCAGUAUUUGACGACUGUUUUUGCAACUGACUUGCACUCUCGCAGCUUCAUACGACUUCCAAGGCCUGCUGGUGUUGACUUCCGUGCAUCGUGUUUUUGCCAUAAAACCACGAUUGAUAUGGGCUACAUAUGUUCUGUAUGUUUGUCCAUAUUCUGUAAGCAUCACAAGAAAUGUUCGACUUGUGGGUCAGUUUUUGGCCAAGCCCAAUCAGACACUUCCUCAGCAUCAGAUCAUAAGAGAAAGGCCCCAGAAACAUAA